AUGAUAUCGAAAGUGUUUCUUCUCGCCGCUGCAUUAAUUGCAGUAAACGCACAAGACCACUAUUCGUAUGGACAAGCAACAUCCUCUCAAUCAAUAAUUCGUCAUGACAAUUCGCAAAGCCACAGAUAUAACCAACCAAUAGCGGUCAGCGCUCCAGUAUACCAAUCUGCCCCCCUUCAAUCUGCUUUAACUGUACAACAUGCCUCUCCCAUAUUUUCUCAUGCUGCCCCUCUCAUUUCUCACUCAGCCCCUGUCAUUUCAUCUCAUUCACCUAUCAUUUCUCAUUCUUCCCCUUACAUUACUCACGCUGCACCAAUUGCCCAACAUGCCAUUCCUACUCGCGCCUACGCUUCCCCUGUUCUGACUCUUCAACAUGGAUCUGGUCUUUACAACCAGCAAUACGCACAGGGUCACCAGGAAUAUAACAGCUACCCAAGAUACGAAUUUUCAUACGGCGUGAACGACCCUCAUACUGGUGAUAUUAAGUCUCAGCACGAGGCCCGUGAUGGCGAUCGCGUCACUGGCUCUUACAGUCUUCAUGAAGCUGAUGGCUCCGUGAGAACAGUACACUACAAUGCCGAUGCGCACAGCGGAUUUAACGCUCAAGUCCAAAACUCUCAGCCAUCCAGACAUGCUACUCCAGUUGUCUCUCAUGCAUCUCCUAUCAUUUCUCAUUCUGCGCCAGUCAUUGCCCAUGCUGCUCCCAUUAUCUCACACGCUGCCCCAGUUAUCACUCAUGCUGCCCCUCUAUAUACUCAUGUCGCACCAAUAAGCUCUCAUUCUGCUCAUUCCGCGCCCAUCGCUCAAUAUUCCUCCUACCAUUAA